AUAUAAAUAUACACCCAUCUCUCUUUCCCUUCCUCAACUUUCACUUCGUUCUCGCUCCACACUUCUCUGCAUCUCUUCACUCUGUGUAUCUCUCUGUGUGUGUGUGAGAGAGAGAGAGAGAGUAGGAAGAAAUGGCAGACCAAGAAAGUUCUAUUAGAGUGACUCGAUUAGCCAAGAAAAGGGCAGCAGAAGCUAUGGUUCAGCACCUGCAACAGCCCAACAAGAAGAGAGUGGUGUUGGGUGAGAUUCAGAAUUUGUCCAAUCAGAUUCAGAUGUUUGAUUCUGAAAGUCUGAAGCCCAAAUGUAAUAAGCAGACUACAAAGAGGAAGGUGAAAAGGUCUGUUAGUGUGAAAGAGAAAGACUUUAGGGAGGAGGAUGUUGAUUCUAAAUUGGAUGAUGACCCCCAGAUGUGCAGCGCCUAUGUUUCUGAUAUUUAUGAUUAUCUUCAUCAAAUGGAGAUUGAGAAAAAGAGAAGACCAUUGUCUGAUUACCUUGAGAAAGUUCAGAAAGAUGUAACUGCAAACAUGAGAGGGGUUUUGAUAGAUUGGCUGGUGGAAGUUGCAGAGGAAUACAAGCUUCUUUCAGAUACUUUAUAUCUUGCUGUAGCCUACAUCGACAGAUACUUAUCGAUAAAGGUCAUCCCUAGACAAAGACUUCAGCUUUUGGGCGUUUCGUCAAUGCUUAUUGCCUCGAAGUACGAGGAGAUUAAGCCUCCACGCGUUGAGGAUUUUUGUUACAUUACAGACAAUACAUAUACAAGGAAAGAUGUCGUAAAGAUGGAGGCUGAUGUGCUACAAUCCCUCAAAUUUGAAAUGGGCAAUCCUACAACCAAAACAUUUCUCAGAAGAUUUACUAGGGUUGCUCAAGAAGAUCGCAAAAACCCCAAUUUGAAGUUAGAGUUCUUGGGCUGUUACCUAGCAGAGUUAAGUUUAUUGGAUUACAACUGUGUGAAAUUCUUACCCUCUUUGGUAGCUGCUGCUGUGAUAUUCCUUUCAAGAUUUACAUUGCAACCAAAGUUACAUCCUUGGAGUGUGGCGCUUGAACGAAGCUCGGGAUAUAGAGCAGCAGAUUUAAAGGAAUGUGUUCUUAUCAUACAUGACUUGCAAUUAAGUAGAAGAGGAAGCUCUUUGGUAGCUGCGAGGAACAAAUACAAGCAGCAUAAGUUCAAAUGUGUGUCAACAUUGUCUUCUCCUCUGGAAAUACCAGAUUCAUUCUUUGAAGAUACAAGACAAUGAUUACUUGGGCAUAUGCUAGGGAAUUGGAAGCAUUCUUCAAGUUGGAAAGCUGGCUCAAUGCCUCUUGAUGCUUCAAAAUUUAAAAGAAGCCAUAGAUCUUUUUGUACUAUUUUAUUUGGAGUUAUUCUUAUAACUUCCUAUAAUGUAAAAUAAUGAAUUAUGUUUUUGUAAUCAAUUUCUUUUUAAUUGGCAAUAUAUCGAAAAUUUGUAACUUGUC